AUGGCAACGAUUGCUAUGGAUACUGUAGUCAUGGCAAUGGUUGUUAUGGGGACUGUUAAUAUGGCAACGGUUGCUAUGGAGAUGGUCAUGUUACCGCGCAAAAACCUUCUCGAGCCAAAACCGUCAUUUUUCAUCUCAAAAAAUGUAAACCAUACUAAUUAUCCGAGUCAACGGUUUAUUACAUCAAAAUUAGAAAAAAUUUCUGAACCUAUAAAUAUAAUAAAAACACAUAAUACGGAUUUGACAUCAAAUAAUAAAGAAGUAAAUCUAUCAAAUAAAAUAAAUCCGUUGAAUAAAACGAGCAACAGUGAAUUAUCAUCGUCAAUAAUUGGUAUAAAUAAUUUACAUCCCCAUGAUGAUAAUGACACUUAUGAUUAUCAGUAUGAUGAUUUAGACAAUAAUACUUCAAAAACUAUGUAUAAUAAUAACAAUAACAAUAAUAAUACUUAUGACAAAUUUGAUCAGGUCGAUUAUGAAAAUCAUAUAGAUAUUUUGAAUGACACACUUGCGAAUACGGAUCAUGACAACAAUCAUAUCUUUAUUAACACUUCUUGUAUCUCAACCAACAAUAUUCGUGAUAAAGACCAUGAGAUUGAUGACGAUGAUGAUAAUGGGUAUCCCGAAGCAGGGAUUAUGUUAGAUGUACCUCAACUAGAUGUUAAUAAAAUUAGGCAUCACGGAGAUGAAAGAUAUGAAGAAAAAACCUCCAUCAAUAGUUUUGGUGACACCUCUGCUGAAAGUGAUGAUGAUUUGUCGAUCGAAUAUAAUUUUUAUGAUAAUCAUUGGCGGUGGCGACCAAUAAGAAAUAAAGAACGUGGAAAUAAAAAACCAGAUAUGAAAUAA